AUUGGCUGAAAGCAGAGUCAGAUUCCGCUGCAGAAGAAAGUUUAUCAGAUUGGAAAUCAGGGAGGGAACUGAAGAGCAGCAGCAGUUCAAUGCAGAAAUGCAGGGCUUGAUGAGCUUCUGAGUCUCACUUCAGGAUUUGGACGUUUUAACAUCAAACAAGACAAAGGAAGAGAGAGAAGAAGAGAGAGAAGAAGGAGAAAAAAGGAUAAAAUUCCAUUUAAAAGGAGAAAAUUCUAUUUAAAAGGAGAAUUCAAUUUAAGAUCCAUCAUGCCAAGGUCAUUUCUGGUGAAAAGUAAAAAGUGCAGUUCACACAGUGUGAACCGGUUCAUCGAAAGUGACCCGAGCGACACACAACACUUCACAAUUUCAGCUCCUUUACCUGUCCCACCAGAGGCCAAGGAGCCGCACUCUCCAGGGAGCCUGCAGUUAGACCCCCUCGCUGAGCCGUCCCACACAGACCCGUACGCCUACAUUAAAGAUGAAGAUGAGCCUGAGUGUCCGAUCCGAGUGUCUCGCCCCGAGCCGACGGUCACAGCCAGUCGACCUUUCUACAUAUCCGAACCUCAGAUGGCAGAAUAUCCUCCCUACUAUAAGCCGGCGUACGGGUGGGACCCUCUACCCUCUCCCUAUGACUUCAGUCAGAUGAGCUUCCACCCCUCCCUCCUCCAGCACGCUAAUACCCUGUAUGGAUCCCACCUGAAGCAGAGCCCAGAACACACACAACCCCUGGACUGCAGCACCCACUACUCCCCCACCUCCAACACCUACCACUGCAUCACCUGCGACAAGGUGUUCUCCACUCCUCACGGGCUGGAGGUCCACGUGAGACGUUCCCACAGCGGAACGCGACCCUUUGGUUGCAGCAUUUGCAGAAAAACGUUCGGACACGCAGUGAGCUUAGAGCAACACAUGAACGUCCACUCACAGGAGAGGAGUUUCGAGUGUAAGAUGUGCGGGAAGACAUUCAAGCGCUCGUCGACCCUCUCCACACACCUGCUCAUCCACUCCGACACCCGCCCGUACCCCUGCCAGUACUGCGGCAAGAGGUUCCACCAGAAGUCCGACAUGAAGAAACACACCUACAUCCACACAGGUGAGAAACCACACAAAUGCCAGGUGUGCGGAAAAGCGUUCAGCCAGAGCUCCAACCUCAUCACCCACAGCCGCAAACACACGGGGUUCAAACCUUUCGGCUGUGAGAUCUGCUCCAAGGGCUUCCAGAGGAAGGUGGACCUCAGGAGACACCACGAGAGCCAGCAUACUCUAAAGUGAUUGGUUCAGAUCGGAGGGAGGAUUGAUGAACUGUCUUUAACAAGUGCUUCUUCUUCUGGGUGACGACCCAAAGCAUGGGAUGAAGUGACCAUACAUUUCUACAGGAAGAUAAUGCAUCUGAACAGGAAGCUAAUGCGUGCAAACCAUAGACUGUACAGGUGUUGGACAAUGAAACUGAAACACCUGGUUUUAGAGCACAAUAAUUGAUUGUGGUGACGGACAGUUCUGGUGGAAACAGGAGAGUUGAGGUGCACAUUGAAUUCUGCGUGAUUUGAUCAGCCGUGGUUUUAUGUUUUUUGGAUACAAUCCGGGUCAGCACCCGAACAUCCCUUUCAGACAGCUUCCUCUUACAGCGUCCACAGUUAAUCCUGUUGGAUGUGGUUGGUCCUUCUUGGUGGUAUGCUGGCUGACAUUGCCCUGGAUACCGUGGCUCUUGAUGCAUCACAAAGACUUGCUGUCUUGGUCACAGAUGCUCCAGCAAGACGUGCACCAACAAUUUGUCCUCUUUUGAACUCUGGUAUGUCACCCAUAAUGUUAUAGUGUGCAUUAUAGCAAUAUUUAGAGCAGAACUGUGCUCUUACCCUGCUAAUUGAACCUUCACACUCUUACUGCCCUUGCUGGUGCAAUGUGCAAUUAAUGAAGAUUGAACACCAGGCUGCUCCAAUUUGGCCAUGAAACCUAAAAUCCCACACUAAAAUGAUGACAGGUGUUUCAGUUUCAUUGUUCAACCCCUGUAUGUUAUUUUAUGCGAUUGGUAUUUUGAAUAUGUUGAAUAUUUUGAAUAUGGUUUUAUUUGGGCAAAAAAAAAAUAGUGUCUUGGCCUCACCAGAACACGGCUCCAUAUAAUGGCACCAUUAUAGACGAGUCCUGUCCCAGCAGUUUAGCAGAAGGUCAGGGCACGGUUGUACCGUUGGCGUUAUCUGACGAACGAGCAAUUUAUCAUCAUCCCCACGUCAUCCCUGCUGAGUGCAUGCAAAGCAAAUUGCCGAAGCGAUGUAUAAGCAAGCGGCAUACGUUCCUGAAUCCUUCCUGCUGCACUGUGAAGGAAUAGUUAGAUCAUCUGGACCAUAAUCACCAAUAUCACAGCUGUAUAUGGUUCAAAAUCUGAUAUUUCAAUUAAAACUACAAGAAUUUUUGUAUUUUUUUAGGUUUGCCUCAUUUAAAAAGGAGAUUUCGCUAUUAUAAAUGUUAUUUAAGCCAUGAAUUGUAAAUUAAUUCAGUUGUAUACUAUUUAUGGAAUUUCAUAUGAUGAGUUUUGUUCUAUAUUAUCUCUAAAUAAACAUUAACUUAAAAAAAAAAAACUAAGACUCCCAGUGUCUUAAAUAAUUGUAAUGCUGAAUAUUAAAGCAUUAAAUGUAAGAGCAUAAGAAACUUCUCCUAAUCUAUGAAACAUGGUGGUGGUAGUAUUGUGGGUUUGGGCCUGUUUUGCUUCAACAGUGCCAGUAUGGCUUUUGUCUUCAAUAAUUAAACAAUGAAUUGUGAAUUAUUCUAUCAGAGAUUCAUUCUAAAGGAAAAUGUCAGAACAUCGGUUUAUGAACUGAAUCUCAGGAGAGGGUGGGUCAUGCAGCAGGACAAUGACCCUAAGUGCACAAGUCAUUAUACCAUAGAAUGAUUAAAGAAGAAUGAAGUUAAUGUUUUGGAAACGGGGUCAAGUCAAAGUUCUUGAAAGACCUUAAUUCAAUGGAAAUGUUAUGGGCGGAGCUGAAGUGAGUGGUUAAUGGGAGGAAACCACAUGAACCACCAACAUCCCAGAGCUGAAGCUCUUCUGUACGAAGGAAUGGGCUACAAUUUACUUAAACUAAAAUACAAUUACUGGAAAUAUUACAUUUUAAUAUUAAAUUAAUAUUAAACACUGACUGCAAACCUUCAUAUAUU